UCGUUUGUCGAGUCACGUCACACAAGGUUCUUAAAAGAAUUUGUUAAAAAUGGCACUCGUUUACGGCACCUGCGAAACACCCGGCUGCAAAACUAUGACCAGCCGUCAAUGCCCGACUUGUCUGAAAAUUGGUAUACAAGGAUCAUAUUUCUGUACUCAGGAUUGUUUCAAACGUAGCUGGGAAACACACAAAGUUAUCCACCAAAUAGCGAAUAUUUACUUAGAAGGAACAGGUAGAGAUGAAUCUUCUAGUGAAUACAACCCAUGGCCAUCGUAUGAUUAUACUGGUAAAUUACGACCAUACAAAAAAGAAGCUCGUCGAGAAGUACCCAAGCAUAUUGAACGUCCAGAUUAUGCCACCCACCCCACAGGUGUUUCUAUAAGUGAGCAAGCAGUUCGAGGUUCUGCCCAGAUAAAAAUCCUUGAUGAUGAUGAAAUAGAGUGUAUGCGUGUAGCUUGCAAGCUUGGACGCGAAGUAUUAGAUGAAGCAGCACGAACGUGUGAUGUGGGUGUGACAACUGCUGAGAUCGAUAAAGUUGUUCACGAAGCUUGUAUUGAAAGAGACUGCUAUCCAUCUCCUCUGAAUUAUUAUCAGUUUCCAGCUAGUUGUUGCACUUCUGUGAAUGAAGUGAUUUGCCAUGGAAUUCCUGAUACUAGACCGCUCCAAGAUGGAGAUAUUUGCAAUGUUGAUGUAACUGUGUUUCAUCAUGGUUUUCACGGUGACUUAAACGAAACGUUUCUAGUCGGUAAUGUGAAACCCGAAGUAAAGAAAUUAGUGGAAGUUACUCAUGAAUGUUUAUCAAAAGCUAUUGACAUUGUACGACCUGGUGAAAAGUAUAGAGAAAUUGGGAAAGUAAUUCAAAAACAUGCUCAGGCCUAUGGAUUUAGUGUAGUACGUAGUUAUUGCGGUCACGGAAUACAUCGUUUAUUCCACACUGCCCCAAGCGUCCCCCACUGUGCCAAAAAUAAAGCUGUAGGCGUUAUGAAACCAGGACAUUCCUUCACUAUAGAACCAAUGAUAUCUCAAGGCACAUGGAAGGACAAAAUGUGGCCAGAUAAUUGGACAGCUGUCACUGCGGAUGGUCUGUGGUCAGCGCAGUUUGAGCACACGCUAUUAGUUACAGAAACUGGUUGCGAUAUUCUCACGAAACGACUCACUAAUGAUGGCAAACCAUGGUUCAUGGACCGAUCAUAGUAGUAUUUUCUCAUGAAUUAUCGUCAUGUUACAUUAUUUCAAAUUUUGUGGACAUAUAAGCGUUGUACUGCUUAAGCACCCUUGUUUGGUUAAGUACCCUUAGAGCGAGAUUUAGUUUUUCAAGUUUCACCUUCUCUUACGGGUUAAACAUCGAUAGUGAUAUAUUAAUGGAUUAAAAAAUCAUUUCCUGUAAAAUAUUUUUUAUUAUACGGUUGUUUUAUUGGCUAGUUUUGUAAAGUAGAAAGAAAAGAACGAGAGGUAAGUAAUGAUCUUUGAAAAAUAGAAUCUCGUUGUAUGUUUUGCAUUUGUAUUCGGAAUGGCUCCUGUACCAUAUAGAAUUACCUCAUUGAUACAUAUGUACAUACAUAAGUGUAACUCAAAUUGGUGAUGCGCAAUGAUUGAAAUAAAAAAUCAAUUCUGUAAAUCAAUGGCCAGCGUCUGUCCAUCUUCUUUACAGCCAAGUGCAAGUACAAUUAACAAAUUAACCUAACAAUAAACAAUUUCAAAUAAAUUACUAUGUCCUCUAAGAAAG